AUGGCUGCGAUGUACCAUUUUGGCCUCACACCUGCAGAAGUAAACCGACUCCUCAGUGCCGCCAAAACAGACGAAGCAGCCAACAACAUGCCCAGGCAUAUGCAACAUAUCCUUCAAGACCUGUUGCACAACACGUACUUCACAGUCCAAGGUCUUGCAGAACCCUGCCAAACAACCAGAGGCACACGCCCAGGGGACCCCGUCGCAGACGUCUUGUUCAAUCUUUGCAUGCACCUCAUCCUGACUGACUUCCGCACACAAAUGGAUGAAUGCAGCGAUGUUCCCUGGCUAGGCACAGCCACCCCAGUUGUCGACCUUGAAGCACUGCCUGCCAUGCCACCGGAGGGUUUUGUGGAUGUCACGUUUGUUGACGAUUGCGUAGUUCUCAUCCAUGGACGUACCAAUGAUCGAGUUGCCCACACCAUGAAAGCUGUUGUUGAAGCACUUGACCAGGCUGCUGAAAAGAGAGGACUCAGCAUCAACUAUGAGCGUGGCAAGACAGAAGCAUUGUGGACUGUCAUCGGUAAAGGUGCCCGGCAGCUCAAACAGGACCUCUAUGCUGAUGGCCACUCACUGCAAUGGGAGUCCAAUGACAAGAAAUACACCCUGCAGCUGUGCCACGCCUAUAAGCAUCUAGGUACCUGGCUCCAGUCGCACCACAAGCACAGCAAGGAGAUCCUGGCCAGGGGAUCUGCAGCAAAACAACAGUAUGGGCAAUUGGCAAGAUCAUUUUUCACCAAGAAAUGUAUCUCCCUGCCCGUCAAGAGUGCCAUCUUUCAAUCGUUGGUAAUCUCGAAACUGCUGUACAACGUCCACACGUGGUCAACCGUCACACCCAAGCAGAUGCAAUCCUGGGUCAACCACUUGAAAGCUCCUGCAGGAACGCUGUUGAAGGGACUCUUGAUGGCACCGACACGCUUCAUGCACACUACGGAGGAAAUGUUAGCCUGUGCCGGCAUUUUGCCGCCAAUCGAUCAAGUUCAUGCCAACAGGUUGAGGUUCCUUGCAAGGCUUCUGGGGGCUUGUCCACCCAUCACAUGGGCGCUGCUGAACAACACCGCUGGACCUCACUCUUGGACCGCACUUUGCCUGGAGUCCUGCCAAUGGAUGCUGUUGCACUAUGACAGCAAGCUGCCUCUGGAUAGCACCUCCACCUUCAUGGAUUGGGGCACACAGAUUGAGCGCCUCCCUCAGAAGGACUCAGGCCUGUGGUGGAACCGAACAGACCUACCGGCAUUCAUAAUGCAAUCUCCCCAUGGACGGGACAGCGCGGGUGGGGCCUUCGCCAUGCAAGGGUUGGCCCGUGAAACAGCACUGCUGCAUGUGAAAGCGCUGGUGAUCGUACAUUUCUUCAGCGGCUUCAGAAGGAUGGGUGAUAUCCACCAUAUCAUCAAUCAUUGCACAAUGCAAACUGGGGCCCAUGUGUUCACGCUCUCCGUGGAUCUCUGCAUGCAAAGGAUCAAGGGUGACCUCGCCACGCCUCAAGCAUCCCGUUGGUGGAAAGAGCGGAUCUUGAGCGGACAAGUGGUGGCAGCUGGUGGCGGCCCACCUUGUGAAACAUUCACAGUCGCCAGACAAUACGACGGUGGACCCCGGCCACUACGCAGCGCAGAUCACCCGCUGGGCAUCCCGGGCCUGACCCUACGCGAGUGGAACCAGCUCCGCAUCAGUGAUCGCCUACUGAGGUUCCUCCUGGAUGUAUUGGUGGCACUAGCCAUGAUGGGCCUGAGCGGAUUCCUCGAGCAUCCUCAAUUCCCGACUUGGUGCACACGUGGCUGCCAGUAUUUGGGCAACCGAAGCUCUGAUCCAGCUAAAAAACCUGGGCUGCUUUUCACUCUGUUCAAGGCUGCAAUGCAGUGGUCCGACCUGGACGUGGUGGACAACCUACCAGAAGACUUUCUCCCGUAUCUCGAACAGAGUUGCCAUGAUGCUGGAGUUGUACAGCCGGAUUACCAUGGCGGCAGCUGA